UUUGAUUGAUCACCAUGGCGCCUUCUGUCACUCGUUCCGCGGAGGGAGUAGUCCUAGAUGACAAGAAGAAUUGGGUAGUAGGGAAGAAGAUUGGAUCCGGUGUCCAAGGAACCGUCCACGAAGUCUUGGCGAACGGAGCCGUCAGCGAGUUCGCCGUCAAGCUCGCCCCCGUGCCGACGGUCAAGACCAAAGGACGACAGCUGUCGCCCGCACAACAAAACGCGAACGCGAUCUACCGCGAGUCCGUGGUAUAUCAAAAUGCUUUGGGAUCUCUAAAAGGGACCUUUAUCCCCAAGGUCGCUUCCCCCCAAGCAUUUAAGGAAGUCAGCGGGUUUAAUUGCUUGUUUCUGGAGCGCAUGGACUUGCCGCUCGAAAAUAUUGUUCCUCUGUUAGUAAAGCGGCCCAAAAUUGACUUGGGACCGGUUGCCCUCCAGCUCUUGAACAUUUUGCAAGCGGUUCACGCUCAAUGUCAUUUCCUCACGGAUGUCAAGCUCGAAAACUUCAUGCUGGCCAGAGCCUCUAAAGUAUCUUCUACACUAGAAGCCCGGAUUCGCGUAAUUGAUCUCGCCAUGGCCGAGCCCUCCAAGAUGGUCGGCGGAAAGCUCCAGAACGUGACCAAGCCGGAAAUGGCGGGGACUCCUUUGUACGCAAGUCUCCAUGUGCACGCAUUGCAAACGCACUCAUUUCGGGAUGACGUUGAGUCGGUUCUCUACGUUCUUGCGGAGCUAGUGAUUCGUACCCAAGCCACACAGGAGGGCACCUUACGGCGAUACGAGGCGACUCGCGGGACGGACGUUCCAACAUUCUUACCGUGGAGCCACGGCGCUUCCACCGAGCAGAUUGGUGAACUCAAAAAGCGCCUAGUGACGGACCCAAAGUCUGAAUUUUACCAAAGGAUGCCUCCGUCGAUUGCUAAAUCCAUUCGUGAUGCCUUGCAUAUUGUAUGGGAAUGUGAAUUUAACGAACAUCCGGAUUGGAGCGCGCUGGAACAUGUUUUACACAAAUUGGUCUUUCCUAAAACCGUGCCGAAAUCGCAGGCCGCGGGAACAGCGAAAGCGCCACCCGUAUCUAAAUCUAAGAAUAGCUUGAAAGUAUCGCAUCGGGAUCAGCUUGAAGACGCUCGUCGCAGGGCACGGGAGUAUAUGGGAGCUCCGGAGAUCCAAAGUCAAGCAUCAAAGGUUGUAUCGCGUACUUCGGAACGAGCUCAGCGGGCUGCCAAACGCAGCUCAUUGGAAUCGCGGGCGUCUCCCAAGCAUAGACCACCGAGCUCGCGCUACUUUUUGGACAGUAACAGUGAUGAAGGAUCGCCCGGAAGACUUUCACCGGCCGAGCCAGCCGUAGAUGUCGACGGUGACGUAAGUAUGGACGACGCGAAAGACUACGAGUCCGACGAUGAGACAUUCUACACAACUCAUGAUCCCCUGAACUCGUCAUUGGGAUCCCCUGCCAUGAUGUCCGUCGCCUCGGUUCAAGAGGAAACGAUGGAACUGGCAUCGGACGAGAACCAGAAACCGGGUCUGUUGACAGUUUGGCUCAAGGUCACCGCUGGGCCUAGCCGUGGACGAAAGAUAUGCUUGACGGAAGGAAGUUCUGAGGUAAUCACGAUCGGAUCCAAACCGAACACCAAGGGAGAAUCUUUCCGGCUCGGCCCAGAUGUGGAAGCCAACCAUGCACGGUUUACUCUGCAAGUCCAGCGUAGUAAGCGUGCCGGAGUGUCCUUUAAAGUUCAAGUGGAUGAUCUCAAAACAUCGAGUGGAGUCACAAUAUUGGAACAUCGUAUUUCGAAGGGAAAAAGUGGAUGGGUUUUUGCGAACCAAUCUGUGCGUCUGGGGAAAGAGACAGUGCUUCGAGUCUGCCGCGCCGUUUAAAGGUGGGAGCCUUUCUCAUUGUAUAGUGCAGGAAGCAUUGUGACAAGCAAUGUAAAGUAUUUGUCAAGAACAUUUGUGAAUAUUAAAUACAGUCUGUAUUGCCUGUCU